AGGGGCCUGGCCUUUCUUCUCCAUGGGAUUUAAAGCCGGGAGGUUCUGCCAUCAAACAGCAAACAGGGCCUUCUCCCUGGGAAUGCACGCUCACCUGCGGAAAGAACCUCGAAAGAAACCCUUGGAUCUCUGAUAGAGAUCACCCAAAGAGAAGAAAGGGAACCGUGGCAUCUGUGCCCCUCAGCACAACCCUGCAGAAAUGCCUCCUCAGCUCCAAAACGGCCUCAACUUCUCAGCCAAAGUCAUCCAGGGCACCCUGGACAGCCUGCCCCAGGCAGUCAGAGAGUUCGUGGAGAACAGCGCCAAGCUGUGUCAGCCUGAUCACAUCCACAUCUGCGAUGGCUCGGAGGAGGAGAACCGGCAGCUGCUGGACCUCAUGGAGGAACAUGGGAUGGUUAAGAGGCUGAAGAAGUACAACAAUUGCUGGUUGGCUCUCACUGACCCCAGGGAUGUGGCCAGAAUUGAAAGCAAGACGGUCAUCAUUACCCAAGAGCAGAGAGAUACGGUGCCCAUCCCCAAAACCGGCCUCAGCCAACUGGGUCGCUGGAUGUCAGAGGAGGACUUUGAGAAAGCGUUCAAUGCCCGAUUUCCAGGGUGCAUGGCAGGUCGCACCAUGUAUGUCAUCCCAUUCAGCAUGGGGCCCCUGGGCUCGCCUCUGUCAAAGAUUGGCAUCGAGCUGACGGAUUCGCCCUACGUGGUGGCCAGCAUGCGCAUCAUGACGCGAAUGGGCACGUCCAUCCUGGAAGCACUGGGUGAUGGAGAAUUUGUCAAGUGCCUGCAUUCUGUGGGCUGCCCUUUGCCGUUAAAAAAACCUUUGGUUAACAACUGGGCCUGUAACCCGGAGCUGACACUCAUCGCCCACCUGCCUGACCGCAGAGAAAUCAUCUCCUUCGGGAGUGGGUACGGUGGGAACUCACUGCUUGGGAAGAAGUGCUUCGCCCUCAGGAUGGCCAGCCGGCUGGCUAAGGAGGAGGGGUGGCUGGCAGAGCACAUGCUGAUCCUGGGCAUAACCGACCCCGAGGGCCGCAAGAAGUACUUUGCAGCGGCGUUCCCCAGCGCCUGCGGCAAGACCAACCUGGCCAUGAUGAGCCCCACCCUCCCGGGGUGGAAAAUCGAGUGUGUGGGAGACGACAUUGCCUGGAUGAAAUUUGACCAACAAGGUAACUUAAGAGCUAUCAACCCAGAAAAUGGUUUUUUUGGAGUCGCUCCUGGAACGUCUGUGAAGACAAACCCCAAUGCCAUCAGGACCAUCCAGGAGAAUACCAUCUUCACCAACGUGGCUGCAACCAGUGACGGGGGCAUCUACUGGGAAGGCAUCGACCAGCCACUGGCCCCGGGCAUCAGGGUCACCUCUUGGAGGAACAAGGAGUGGACUUCUGAGGACGGGGAACCUUGUGCCCACCCCAACUCACGGUUCUGCACCCCUGCCAGCCAGUGCCCCAUCAUUGACCCUGCCUGGGAGGAUCCGGAAGGAGUGCCCAUCGAGGGCAUCAUCUUCGGAGGCCGCCGACCUGCUGGUGUCCCUCUAGUCUAUGAAGCUCUCAGCUGGCAGCAUGGAGUGUUUGUAGGGGCAGCCAUGAGAUCGGAGGCCACGGCCGCUGCGGAGCACAAAGGCAAAGUCAUCAUGCACGACCCCUUUGCCAUGCGGCCCUUCUUCGGCUACAACUUCGGCAAAUACCUGGCCCACUGGCUCAGCAUGGCCCAGCGCCCUGCAGCCAAGCUGCCCAAGAUCUUCCACGUCAACUGGUUCCGGAAGGACAAGGAAGGCAAAUUCCUCUGGCCAGGCUUUGGAGAGAACUCCAGGGUGCUGGAGUGGAUGUUCCGCCGGGUCAGCGGGGAAGGCGGCGCCAGGCUCACAGCCAUCGGCUACGUCCCUGAGGAGGACUCCCUGGAUCUGAAAGGCCUGGGGGGCGUCUGCACGAAGGAGCUCUUCGACAUCUCCAAGGAGUUCUGGGAGAAGGAGGCGGAAGACAUCCACAAGUACCUGGAGGAACAAGUCAACGCCGACCUCCCCUAUGAAAUCGAGAGAGAGGUCCUGGCGCUGAAGCAAAGGGUCAGCCAGAUGUAAUCAGGCCCGAGAGCUUCCCCUUUAAAACCAAGCCCCUUCCCGAUCUGAAAGCAAAGCGGGCAGGAGAGAGUGGGGCUUCCUGAACUGAUACAGCCUGCAGAGCCUUACUGACCACAAUCUGAUGAGCAGAUUCCAAACACAGUUUAAUGUCUCAGAUAAGACCCCAGAGGUCAGGCUAGCAACCGAGAGAUUGGGAAGCAAAGUCUUAGCAUUCACUAUCCACUUCACGUUUGUUCAACUAUCAAGACACUCAGGCAUUUAGUCUUUUUUGUUUUUCACUCUAGCGAUGUCAGCUGAGACGCACAGAAAAAAAUACUUGAGCUGUAUAUAUGUGGGCACACGAGCGUGCGUGUGUCUGCGGGUACUGUUAUCUAUCUAAAAUAUAUUUUAGAUAUGUUUUAGAAAAAUCUUGGGCAUGAUUACCUACUAGUUGUUGCUAGAAAGAAAUGUUGCAUUAUUAUUAAUGUGUAUUUAAAUUAUUUUUAUAUACCAUUCUAUCUUACCUUUCCAUAAUUUCAAUUUUUUCCCUUACCACUUCUUGGAAAAAUUACAAAAUAAACUUUUAUAGAAAAAAUGGA